AUGAUCUCGACAACACCUACACCGGCGGCGCUUGAAGCCAACGAGGAGAAAUCGACCAAAGCCUCGUCGCCUCUACAGCAAUAUCCAGAGCACCACGCUGGAUAUGCAGACGAUGCUUACAUCGAGCAACUGGGACGACAGCGACCGCCAUGUUUCGCCAAUCUAUUCUCGGAACUGGCCUUCUGCUUCUCCAUCAUGAUGUCUCAGAUCCUUGCAGAAUACUACAUCUCCGGCUCGAACGUGCUUCUCCCUACCUUGGUCAAGGAAUUACACAUCCCCGCCGCUUCGACGAUCUGGCCGUCGACCGCUCUAUCUCUCGUCGUUACGUCAACGCUGCUCAUCUUCGGCCGUCUGGCUGAUAUGUAUGGCGGAUACAUUCUCUACGUCGCCGGGUUCACAUGGAUGAUCAUCUCUUCCAUUCUCGCCGGCGUGUCCGUGUCCUGGCUGAUGUUGCUCAUCUGUCGAGCGCUGCAAGGCCUGGCUCUGGCUUGCUUUUUGCCCGCCGGGAUGAUGAUCCUAGGCAGUACGUAUCGACCAGGGCCGCGAAAGAAUCUCGUCUUCAGCAUCUACGGCGCCUGUGCGGCGCUGGGGUUCUUUGCGGGGAUCUUCUUCUCCGGGAUCUGCAGUCAGUUUCUCACCUGGCGAUGGUACUUCUUUAUCGGGGCCAUCCUGUCCGGCAUCACCACGAUGUCCUCGUAUUUUUACAUUCCGAACGACUACGCGGAGAAGCGGAAAUUGGGCAUCCAGAUGGACUGGGCCGGGUGCUGUCUUUCGGUGCCGGGGGUCGUGCUCCUCGUGUUCGCCAUCGCGGAAUGCUCGUAUGCACCGCAGGGAUGGCGAACGCCGUACAUCCCCGUGUGUUUCGCGCUGGGGAUCAUCCUUCUCGCCAUCAUGACCUACGUGGAGGGAUGGGUGGUCUCGAACCCACUCCUGUCAGGCGACAUGUUCAAGGUGAAAUACAUGACGGCGCUCGCCAUCGCCCUACUCUUCCUGUACGGCAGUCUGGGCACCUUCCUCCUCUACUCGGUGCUCUACAUGUCCGACGUCAUGGGCGCCGGGCCACUCCAAAUCGUCGCGUGGGCGACACCCAUGGGCGUAGGCGGUCUGAUACUCUCCGCCGUCGGCGGCCUCAUCUUCCACAAGAUCUCCGGGACGAUCGUCAUGCUGAUCUCGUGCCUCGGGUACCUGGGCUCGGGUCUACUUUUUGCGCUCAUUCCACUCGGCGGGAAUUACUGGGCCUUUGUCUUUCCGGCCAUGAUCUGCGGCACCGUCGGCAUCGACAUCAGCUUCAACCUGGCCAACAUCUUUAUCACCACCAGCAUGCCCAAGGCCAGACAGGGGCUAGCCGGUGCGCUGAUCAACUGCACCCUGCAUCUGGGGAUCGCCAUCAUGCUGGGCUUUGCGGAUAUCGUGCAGACGCAGACCAAGGGACUGGAGUUGUACAAAAACUACAAGGCGGUGUUUUGGUUCCAGACCGGGCUGGCGGGCACGGGGAUGCUGAUUGUGCUGUUCUUCGUGAGGAUACACCACGCGAAGAGCGAGCUGACGGUAGAUGAGCGAGAGGCGUUGGCGGCAGAGGCUAAUCGCAUAGAGAGGGAAUAA